GUGGGACCCAAAGCAAUGAUUAGAAAUGGUGUGAUCGUGCCUCAAGUGAGCUGUAUUGAUCCUUAUGAUGGGAGCAUGUAUCCACCUGGCUCAGAGUGGAACACAGAUCAUUGCAUGAAAUGCAAUUGCCUUGGUGGAGAAAUGGAAUGCUGUAGCAGAUAUAAUGGUGUUGUAGGUGCUCCAGAAGGCUGUGAAGCUGUUGUUAAUCCUGAAACAUGCCAGUACGAAAUGUACCGCAUUGACAACCCUUCAGAACCAUGUAUCUGAGCCUCAGC